UACCGAUGCCGUUAUGGGGUGUUUUGGGACGAGCGAAGACUUGAGUGAUUUGUCAAGCCAGGGCACACUCCGAGUUGAGUGACGCUUACACGUGGGUCGAGGACUGUGUACAAGCGGCAACUGUCCAUCACCCCACGAAAUGAAACUUUCUUCGCUCGUCAACGAGCCCCGCUGCCAGACGAAGCUUGCAGCACAACGCUUGAUCGCUAGUGCAACUGGCCGUGUAUUCAGAGGCGUCAAGGAUCCGCCUAGUUCAGCCUAGACCGCCGUGUCGUCAUGACGUUGCAUAAUACCGUAUAACGGCGGAAUUAAAUUUCUCUCAAUUUCCGCUCACUUGUGGCGUCUCGCGGGCCCUUUCAGCGGUGUACAUUUCAUUCACGCAUCGAUCGCACCUGUCAAUCUCGUGACGUCACAAGCGUCUAGUCUCGGGGGCGGGGCUAAUAGUUUGAUUUCGUACAGCAUAGUACACCAUAUCACCUGGCCUGUACGGGAAGAGGGGAUAAGAACUUCUUGAAGCUUUUUCUUGUUUCUGUGUGGAUUAUAUGCUACGAGUGCGGACCGCAAGUUUGUCGAUUUCUGUGUGUUUUUAGAAUAAGCCAUCUUGGCACGUGGAUACGAAUUCAGGAAAGUUUGUCAAGUUGAACAAGUUUGCUCAUUCAUGGAUAUGCUAGCAGUGUGCUUGUACAACUCGUGAUUUUCACUGUGGAUUAUAACUUAUAUUCUCAAGUUCUGUCAAAAGUUAUUUCAUUAUGGCGACUUGUGGGGCGGACACUCAACCCACUAGCCCCCCGGGACGGUCCGGUCUCCCCCCAAGCCCCGUAGGUGGGGCUGUCGGAGGGGAGGAACCGUCGCCCUCUCUGAGGCCCCGUCUUGGAAUCAGUGGCGUGGAACCUGGUAAACAAUGUUCGAACUGUGCCGAUAAGUGCCCCGGCUUCGCUCUGCAUUAUUGGAGAAAAAUAUGCAGACAUUGCAAAUGUCCUCCCGAAGCACAUGACAUGGCAACCGGUGGCGAGCAGGAACGUACCCUCAACCGACUCAUCCACGACGUCAAGAGGAACUCAACCAGCGAUGAUGACAGCGGCUGUCCUCUUGAAGAGUAUGCCUGGGUACCAACUGGGCUUAAACCCGAACAAAUUCACCAGUACUUCAAUGGGAUCCCGGAUGGGAAGGUGCCGUACCUCAACAGUGCAGGCGAGAAGUACCGUGUGCGGCAACUGCUACAACAGCUGCCUCCUCAUGACAACGAGGUGCGCUACUGCAAUGUGUUGGCAGAGGAAGAAAAGCAUGAGCUGCGGAUGUUCUCUGCACAGCGCAAACGGGAGGCACUUGGGCGGGGCACCGUCAGGCCCCUCCCUCUCACCCUGCAGGGAACUGCAUGUACUCAGUGUGAGUGCACUAUUACCGGUGGGGACAUGGCAGUGUUCGCGACACGUGCCGGUGCCAACAAGUGCUGGCACCCAGGAUGUUUUGUGUGUCACACAUGCAGCGAGCUUCUUGUAGACCUCAUCUACUUCUUCGCUGAAGGAGAACUUUACUGUGGACGUCACCAUGCCGAGAUGCUGAAGCCUCGGUGUGCGGCAUGUGAUGAGAUCAUCUUUGCAGACGAGUGUACGGAGGCUGAAGGAAGAAGCUGGCACAUGAAGCACUUCUGUUGUUUUGAGUGUGAUACCAUGUUGGGUGGUCAACGCUACAUUAUGCGAGAAGGGCGACCAUAUUGUUGUGGAUGCUUUGAGCGGAUGUUUGCGGAAUAUUGUGACACUUGUGGUGAACACAUCGGGGUCGAUCAAGGACAAAUGACCCAUGAAGGUCAACACUGGCAUGCAACAGAUCAAUGCUUCAAAUGCCACACAUGUCAAAAGUCUUUGCUUGGACAACCAUUUUUACCCAAACAUGGUGUUAUAUACUGCUCAGCUGCAUGUAGCCGAGCAGGUUCUAUGCAGACUCAGACUCCCCGACGACCUGAAGAUUACCUUCAAGAGUUGCAGGCAGUGAGAGUAGGCUCCCCUGUUAGCCAUGUGCUUCUAGAAGGAAAUAAGGACAUUCAUGAAGUGCUAAGACAACAAUAUACCAUCAACGACAGCUACCCAUCUUCAGACAGGGAUCAGGGUUAUGCUACAAGCAGCAACAGCGAGGUGUACGCACCAGGUCUGUACCAGGCGCCGCAACAAAAUGCUAACUUCACUGACCCAGAGGCGGUGUAUCAUCUGAACCUUGAUGGCCUCAUCGAUGGUCUUCCUUGCCAGGAGGCCAAGAAACGUAACAGACUCUCACAAUUCUCAAUGCCGGACUUAACAAAAGAACCGGACACCCCUGGAUCGGACAAGAGUAACCUCAGCUCAAGGAGUAGGAGUCGGUCAGGGUCCGAGAAGAAUGUGAGUGUCCACUAUGCUUCUAUCAAUCCUCAGCGAGAGAGGAUACCACCUUGUCCCCCUGAAACCCCACCCACCACUGGUUGUGAGCGUCUAGAGAGUGAUAAUGGUUAUGCCGUGCCCCACGGUCACCAGCAACACCAUCAUCACAACCAUCACCACCACCACCAUCACCAUCAUGGCCAACAACAACCGCUAUCACACCGGUCCUUCCCUGAACUCCCCAACAUCCGACAGACGGGGCGUCGUGGAGCUGCGGCAAUACCUCUCCCGGAUGAGCACAAGAUGAACCCCAUCUCUCGCCCACCCACAGGAGCACGGCCUCACAGCAGGGGCGCAAACAACCCAGGCUAUCCGCGCAGCCGUAGCUUCGAGGGACGACCGGGAAAUUCCUACUACUCUGAACCACGUGGAGCAACAGGGGGAUUCAAUGGCCGCCCUCCUUCAAUGGAAAGUUCAGUAUUGGACCGAUUUGAUCGGUUCCCAUAUGAGGAUGAUCGAUGUAGCACAUGCUCUAGUUCUAGUGACUCAGAUGAUUAUUAUUACUAUUAUGAUUCUCCUCAGAGACAAGGACCAGGACCACGUAUAUCGUAUGUGGAUGACAUGGGUAUUGGACCCCAAGGUCGUGCAAGGACUAUGAACACUAGGGGCCGCCACAAGAACAAGAAUAAGCAGUGUGUUAUAAGCUAGGCGUGAACACUACUGAGUGUAUAUUGAUAAACUUAAGCAUUAUUUAUCUUCCAGUAUGCUAGUGCUGACAUAUUGGGUCAUGUGUUGUGACAUCAGUGCGUUGUUUCAGAACAUGUACAGCAGGGUAGAGUUGAGAACAGAGCUGGGAGAUACAGACUAUUUUCCUAAAAUCUCGAUCCGGCAGAGGAAAUAGCAACAGAAUAUAUGUGUGAUAAACCUGUAUAAAUUUCUGCAUGAUGAAUCGUGACUGCAUGAAAAUCUUCUCGAUUCAAAACUUGUCUUCAUACGUUUUCACGAUAUUCCAUGUGCUAAUUCCUAUAUUUGUAUUAUUGGAGAUCCAACUACUGAAAGAUUAAUAUAUUUGCUCAUGUUGUAAAUAUAUUAUCUUCGGUUGUUACUGUGCUGGAAUUGUGAUUUUGAAGUGCAUCCAAAUACUUAAUCUAAAUAUGCCAAUGUUUUUCAUAAUUGCACCAUAUUCACAAUAAUUGCUGCAAGGAAUUGAAUGGGUGUAAUGAAGGGGGAUAUAGUCAUGACUGGGGACGUUUACCGUAACAAUUCUUGUGAAAAGUUACAUGUUUUUAAUUCCUUGCAGACCAGUUUUACCAUUGUGAUUUUGUCUUCCCUUUCAGAAUCUUGUCACAAAAUGUACAGAAUUCGAAAUGAAAAUGUUUUAAUUUUUAUAAUGUAUGAGAGGAGCUUGUUUUCAAUCUCUUAGUCUCCCAUACAUACUUGAACCUGUUUUGGUGAAAGAGCUUCCAUAUUAUAUCUCCAUUAACUGAAGAAGUCACUUGUUGAUGUGCAAUACAGGGUUAUCUCCCUUUGUCUUCUGCUGCCUAUGAAUGCCAACUAUCUUGUAUGUAUGUAUAUAUAAGUAAAGUAGUGUUGGUUUUCAUGAUAUUUUGUCAAACAACAGCAUUUGAUAUUGAGAUAAUUUAUUAUGUCAAUACAUAAUGUGACCUUUUUGUUAUUGUGAAGCAAUUUUGUAAUAGAAAACCCUUUUUUAAGAAACCUUUACUUCAUAGAGAAGUAUGACUUGACAGUUGAUAAAAUAUAAAUUCACCUUCAAACAAUACUUGAAAUAUUUUCUGUUUGGUAAACAAUAUAUGAAACAGAUUGUAUUAUAUUAUGAGAAUCAGAAAUAUUCUAAAUUUUCAGAUGUCUCUUUUAAUCCAUGUCUGGGACAACUGUAAACAUUGUUUGUGGGAAGUGUUAUUUGUUGAAGGUAUCAUUUUGAAGGGAUUCAGUUAAAAAAUAUUGAAUUCUUAUAAAUAGACAAAUAUUUUCGACUGUGAUAGUUGCCUUAAUGAAUAAUAUAUUUUUAGCUUGCUGGGUUUUUUUGUGUCAGUUACCAAAUAUUUCAUAACUGAAGUAUAUUUCAGCCUUGUAAACAGUAGGAAUUCCUGUCAUUACCAAAGAAUUUCAAGUAAUAAGAAUGUGAAAAGGACACUUUUUAACCUGGAGUGUGAAGCAACAGAACUAUAAAAGAUAAAAUGGAUAUUGUUUCAUUUGCUUAAAACUGUUUAGCAUUUGGUUUGAAUCAAACCUUUUGUAAAACAUGCUUGGAUUAUUUUUGUAAAUUGUUGCAUUUCACAAUCCAUCAAAACAUUUUUUUGAUAAUGCAUGUUUGGCAUGAUGCAUGUUUUGAUAUAAUAGAAAAAAAAGUGCAAUGUACAAUAUUUAUGUCAUACAAGUUCUUCCAAAUUGCAAUGUCAUAUGUCUCGCAUAUUGGAUAAUGAUAUAAGAAAAUUACAAUAUCACUAUCAAAUUGCUUGCAUUGUGUUAGGUCUCCAUAAAAAUCUUUUCUCUCUCAUUUUUGGGUUUAAGAAUAUUAUUAAUAAUAAACAUUAUGGUUAUAUCACCUUAAGUUUAGAUUAUAUACAAAUACCUCAUGCUGCAAAUCAGAGGUCUUAUGGCCUUGAGCAAAAUGCAGCUACCUGCACUUGUUUUUGAAAAUCUGUUGAGUUCAGGGUUGCAAUUGUUCACUGAAAUGAGAAUCAAGAGAUUUUUGUGUGCAUCUUUAAAUAAUUCAGUUAUACCUGACAGUUCUUCCACACCUUGUUUGUAGAUGAAAUGUAAGAGACCACCAAAGUAUCUUGCAUGUUGAAUGAUACCCACACGUUGUAGUUGAUGUUAUCAACAUGAAUUAUUAUGAAAUAAAGUUACCUGAUUUUCACAAAUUA